UCUCCGAUCCUUCUAGAAGCUUCUGGAAUCGCGCGGUCCAGGUAGAAUUAUACACUUGAGGGGGCUGAUGCGUGGUGGUGCGCCGCCGGAGUGGUAGGUGGCGGUCGGGGGGAGUGGGAGCUUCUAGAAGGGCGUGUCGUACGUGUGCGAGUGGGUUGGGAGUCCUCUGGAUUUAUCGGUUCGUCGAUCUCGCGGGAGGUGAGGGCGCCGAUGGUUCUAGAUCGCUGUAGAUGAUUUGUCGAUGCAUUGAAUUGGGCUUUGGUGCGCUUGGUCUGCGCGCAUGGGGGUUUUUGUGGAUUGAUUUUGAUAAGAGUUGCUGAAUUUAGCUAGUUUUUGCGGUUGAUUUCGUUGGGCUCCAAGUUGCCAAAUGCUGCUUACGCAUCGCUCUAGGUGGUUUUUCGUUGGAUCAAACUGGUAUUUUGGUGGUUAGAUUCGGGGCGUGUGAGUGGUCACCAUUUUUGGACUAACGAGGUCUCCCCAAUUCAGUAAUUUAUGUUCUUACUGCUUAGUGUUACUGUUACGUUCGAUUGACUUCUUCAUGGAAGGACUGUACAAGCUCGAUCAAUAUCGUUCGGAUGUGGCUUGAGUGUGAAAACUAAUGCCUUGUGUCUUUUUUAGCUUAGUAGUAGAUGUCUCUGGAUGCAUGCGUUGGUGGAUAAUAGUUUGAUGGGGUCAUCUCCGCGUUGGAUAGCAAUUAAGGUUACUGUUUUUUUUUUGGCUAUUCUUCUGUCAGUUCUGUUGAUUACAACAGUUUUUAGCUAUUUUGCUUGAGUCAUCGUCUGUUGACAGUGAUGACAGUAAUGUGGUUCUCUUGCAACGAUGAUGAACUUAUAAUGGGCACUCUUUUUCUUUCUCAAAGAUUGUUCCAUGAUAAAGGAAAGUACAUACUUUUAGCUAUGCCAUGCUUAAAGUCACCAGUAUUUUUCCAUUUAUCGGAUACCCCAUGUAACAAUGCUACAAUUAGUUGUCGUGAUCUAUGUUUUUGGGCUGAAAUGUAAGCUGGAAACCCCAGUGUGACUCUUUAAAACCUGCUUUCAGAAAAGCAGGGCCAUCUGGCUUAUCAUCUAAAAGAAACAAUGCUACAAUUAGUAGCUUUUGCCCAUAGUUGGAUCUCCCAUAAGACAAUGCUUUUUGCUCUGGUACUUUUUGCAUUCAAAAGUAUCAAAUGGACAGACAUUCAGUUUAUUUCGUCUUGAAUGCAUCUUGACCGACAAGGGAUGAUCAGAGAUGGCCAGCUUGGCGACUGUAGUUUCUGUCUGUAGGCAACUGAUUUGUUUUUGCGUCUUCUCAAGUGCAAUCCUGGUGUGUCAACUUAUUUGUGUUCUGAUGUGAACUUCUAAGAUUAAUUUGCAGGUUUCCGUCUCCAUUUUUAGCUGGCAGAAAAAUGGGAAAGAGUUUAUUUCUGUGUGACUUGGGGCUUACUUUUACAUGUCCAAUUCUCUUUCUUGCAUUCUCUUUUGGAAUAGGAAGAAUAUCUCCAGCAAGACUUUCAUCUGCUUAUCAUCAGUAUGUCCAUCGAAGAGAGAACAUUAAGUUUGAUAAACAAGACCACUGCGUUAAAUCCAAAUGCACAAGAAUUUGUACCUUCAUCCCUCAGAUCUAUCAAUGAUGUUUCAAAUAGAUCAGACACAUCCAGGAUUUCUGUAUCAGGAUCCUCCAAAGACACUAUUGCAGAUCAACAAGAUCCUGUUAUACCAAGUAACCCUGAUGAAGAAGCACAUCGGUACUGGCAAGAACAGCUUCCAGAUGAUAUUACCCCUGAUUUCAAAGUUCUGGGACAAGAUGAGAUGCCUGGACCUGAUAAUAUUUCACUCACUGGCUUGUCAAUAAAUGAUAGCAUUGGUGCUUCACUAUUUUCUCCAAACCAGACAUCGAAUUUGCAACACCGUGCUUCUCCUUUUAUUAGGGACACUCUGAGCACACGAUCAAAGAUCGAGUUUCCUAGCCCAACUUAUGUAGAAGAACAGUCAAGAGCUACUAUUAUGAGUCCAACUGCAAGCGCUAUGAGUCCAACUGCGGCUCCGUGGGUAAAAACAGUAAGAAAUGGUGUGCAAUACAAUGCAAACAGAAGGGAUGCCAGCCAUUACAAUGGAGAUUCUAGCAUUGGAGCUCCAGUGCAAAACCUUACUGAUGCAUACUUCGGAAGCAGGCGCAGCUUUAGCUCAACUAUGGAUAUCAUGAGUCAGCUGGAGAAUAAAGUUGAUGGACGAUUCAAUCAGAAUCUGAGGUCACUGUCGUUUGGACAUUCAAGUCCUCCAUCACCAGCAUCAUAUGGUCAAAAUGGUCUUGCAAACUAUAACAAAGAAGCUUUUGGUCUGGCAAACAAUACAUAUAGAUCCCACUCAGCUGUACUCGCAGAUGAUAUACUUUCCCCUUCAGCUGGUCGGGAACAUAUUUCUCUGGAUGCUCCUAGGGGGAGGUACAAUACAACUAAUUUGCCUGUUUCUGGUCUUGGUUCAAGCAGAGGCUCUCAGUUCAUGGCAAGCUCAUUCAAUGGCAAUCAUGACAUAGUCUCAAACAACACCCUGCAAAAUAUAGCUGGAGUUCAAACAGGACCUGCUUGGCUUGAAGCUGAUACUGCAGCAAACAUGUUUUUGGAAUCAAAGGAUGAAGCUCAUGAUUUUGCAAGCCUACGGCAUGCGCUUCUGGAACAGGAUAGGCAGGUUCUUUUAACUGGUGCCAAUCCUUUAGCAAAGGAACUAAACAUCAAGGAGCUUUACAAUUUGCAAAGCAGACUAGCUCAGGAAAAGGCUAGAGAUGUAUAUCGCCAAAGAUUUCAAAUGCCAGAAUUUCAAGGCCUGGUUCAGGAGCAAAAUACCCCAAUUGACCUGUGUGGUCUUCACGUAAGCGAGGCGAUACACGCCCUGAACUAUGAGCUCAACAACCGGCGGAAGAUUGCUCGAUCCACAGGCCGUCGUCUCCAGGUGAUCAUAAUAUCAAGCACACGUACUCCGGCGAGGCUGACCGCCGCCGUCGAGCAGUACCUCCUGGAGCACGGCAUUCAGUAUACGCAGGCACAGCCGGGCCUUUUCCGUGUCCUGUUACAGUGAAGUAACAGGAUGGUAGGCUCAUCAUGUUUGUGUACACCUUUGAAAGAAGAAGAAAAAAAAGAGGAGGAACAAAAAAGAAUUGACCCCUGUACUACUGUAUAUGGCAGAGAUGAGUAGUACUAGCAGAAUAGAAAUUUGAAAUAGCUGUUGUAAUAUUCGUAUAGCAAGGCUUUUUUUUUUGUCAGCAAAAAACGUUGUAAAAUUUGCGGAAUUAGGCGAUAUGUUCUUUCAA